ACAAAGUGAAAUGCAAUCAUAUGACAUACUUUUCUUUUCGAUGGUGCAGAAGAAACAGAUUAGAUUCCUUAGCACACCAGUCUCAGAGAGAAAAAAGGAAAGUUAAGGCCUGCAAUAUGAAAACCACAUGCAUCCCGAUCUUAUUCUGGCCCUUCUCCAUGCUAUUAUUAUCAGAUGAAAGCAAGACUUCUAAAACAGAAGUCAAAUGUAAUUUCACUGAAAAGAAUUAUUCUUUUAUUCCAGAGGAUAUCAAUAAAAAUGUUACUAUACUUGAUCUCAGUUAUAACCAAAUUACUCUGAAUACUAUGGACACAAGUGUUCUAAAGAUCUAUUGUUUACUCACUGAGCUCUAUUUGAUUGAGAACAAUGUUGUCAUAUUACGUAAUAAUAGUUUUGGUAACCUCUCCAACCUGAAAAUUUUAAAUAUCUGUAGAAAUUCCAUCCAUGUAAUUCAACAGGGUGCAUUUAUAGGUUUAAAUAAAUUAAGACAGUUAUAUCUCUGCCAAAACAAAAUAGUACAACUGAAUCCUAAUAUAUUUGUGCCCCUCAAAAAUCUGAAACUUCUGAAUCUACAAGACAAUAUGAUGAGCUAUAUAGAUGGGCCACCGUUGUUUCAUCUGGAAUUAAUCAUUUUAGAUGGAAAUCCAUGGAACUGCUCUUGUACUCUAUUAAAUUUGCAGAACUGGUUAAACACAUCAAAUGUGACACUAGAAAAUGAGAACAUCACCACGUGCAGCUACCCAGAUAUCCUUAAGUGCUACAGUAUCAAAACAGUACCUUAUAAUACUGACUGCUACUCAACAUUUCCUUUACCUGUAAUGGAGGACCUUUAUAUUAAUUUCCAGUCCAUUAGCAAUUCAACAUUUAAUAGCUCUUUGAAGAACUUAACAAAUUCAGAACAUGAACCUCCUGGAAAAAGCUGGGCUUUUCUUGUUGGUGUUGUAGUAACUGUACUGAUGACUUCACUCCUCAUUUUUGUUGCUAUCAAAUGCCCAAUAUGGUAUAAUUUCCUGCUUAGUUACAAUCAUCAUCGCCUGGAAGAGCAUGAAGAAGAAACCUAUGAAGAUGAUUUUAUUGAAAAUUCAAGUUCUCUUUCACAGAUACGAGAUCCAAUCUCCGAAGAUACUACAGUAACAUUUGAACAACUAAAUUCAUUUGCAGUAGAUGAUGAUGGGUUUAUUGAAGACAAAUAUAUAGAUACUCAUGAAUUAUGUGAAGAAAAUUAACUUCAAUGUUUGAUUCUAUAAAAAAAUGUUAUCAAUUCACUCCCAGUUUAAACAUGGAGAUUUUCACAUAUAACAUAGCAAACUAUUGCUAGUAGACCUUCAUAUUACUUGCAACAUUCAUAAAUAUCAUAAAAUUAUGUUUUUCUAGUUGUUAUUGAAAAAGUCCAAACACAGUGACUGACACUUCUCAGUAGCUAACAGUUAAAAUACUAGCAUUACUAUUGUCAGCAGUUGUCAGAAGACCAUAAAUACUAGUAAAAAUGAUACCUAAAAUAAAUAUUCAUGAUUUAAAAUAAAGUGUUUCUCAUAUUACAAGAUAUUUGAUAUAAUUCAAUCAGAGUAAGGAACAGAAAUACCUAAAAAUGACAAUAUGCUUGGAUUCACUUUUUUAUGUUCAGAGAAUGAAUUCAUAGAAUGGAAAAACAUUUUUUAAACGCUUCCAGAAUUAGCACAAUAAAUUUCCUGAAAAUUUAGUAGCAAUUUAAAGCACAGCACAAUGUCUGGGGCACAAUCCCUAAUAACUUACUACUAAUUGUGUUAUACAGAAACAUUGUCACCAUAAUGCAGAAUUGUCACAAUUGAAUAGUAUGAUGGCUUCCUAAGUGGGUAUCAUAAUUAUCUAUAAAUCUCAUUUUUAAAAAAUACAUAUUUCUGCCUUUCUUCAAGGGAUUUUUAUUCAAAUGAGUCUGUUCUAUGACUAAGAAAUCUUCCGAUGUCCAUGAACAGUUGUUUGGGAUCCUAAAGAUGAAGGAAUUUUUCCCAAAUUGUUUUCUAGAACAUUAAUUUCCAUAGAGACAUUGAGAAGUAUUUAUGGGGGGAAAAAGAUACCUGAUCAAAUUACUACAGGAGAUACUGGGUUUAAACAAACUGAAACAAGAUUCUUUACUAUAAGAUUUAUCUGAAGCUUUACUAAGCCUAACUACUCUCCACUUUUCAAAAGGAAAGUAUCAAGAAUUUUCCAACCUUACCUGACAACCAAAUUCUUUCUUCAAGGGAUGCCUACUAAGAGGUCAUAGCACAAUAAGGGUCCAAAGAAUAUAGUUUGGAAAACACUGGCCUUAAGACUAUUAUAGAAGAGUCUAAAAGUAAAUUAUUUGCCAGUUCCUUAUAAUCAAUUGUCUGUAACAUAAUUUUAUUGAAUUAAUGCAAACAGUGACAUUAAAAACUGUAACAAACUUUAUCAUAUGUAGGAAGGUUAAAUGUAUUUCUCUAUAUCUUUUAUAGGAAAGUUUCUCUGAAACACUAAAAUAUAUUUAUGGGUGAAAUGAUAUUUUAGAUUUUCAUCAUAAAACAGAAAAGGGACCAAUGACUAAAGGUGUGGAUGGAACAGGGUUGGAUAUGAACUGAUGGAGCUAGAACAUGGGUACAUAGGAUUAUAGUACACUUUUAUUUUUGAGUGUGUUCAAAUUUCUCUAUAAUACAGUUUUUAAAAUGUAUAUCUACUUGGUACUUCUUUAGGGAAAAAGAGACUAAAAAUAAUGUAGAUAUAGUCAAUUCUGCAGAAUAGUCAUUUUAAGGGUCAUAUCAAUACUAAAUUCAGUUCAAAUGUGUAUCAAGGAAAAUAAAAACUGUUUAGGAUGAUAUACUUGUGAAAUAGAAAAACAAACUCAUUUAUCAUGCAAAUUUACUUGUGUUUAUUGAAACUUGUUUUCAAUAAAGAAUAUAAGUACUUUACAUGUAAUAUUUCCUAACAGAUAUUAACAAUUACAGUUCACUGUUUUCUAUCUCAAUUAUGAGAUAACUGAAAUAUGAGGCAUCUUUUCCUGAAUAAUCUAUCAUUUUAUCAAAAUAUUUCAUAAUUUAAGAAGCAAAUAUUAAUAUUUAAGGAGCAGAGUAAAAUGAAAUAUAAUUAUAAAUCAGCAAAGACUAAAUUAAUCUCUUAUAUUCAAUUUGUACUUAUAUUACAAAUGAGUAUUGGGUAUUUGAUAAAUUUCUAACUAAACAAAAUAAAUAAAUAAAUGGGUUUAAAAUUCAAUUACAUAUGUUUUUAAAAGAUAACUGAUUUUAACUAAUACCAAAGUAGAAAAGUAUAGACAUCAUAACUAGAAGAGAAUCUUUAGUUCAUGCAGCUUUGUGAAACUGAAUUAAAACCAAGUGUCUAAGUAUUUCAGUAAUAUAUUGAGGCUAUAUAUUAUAACAAACUUAUUAUCAAUAGGUGUUCUAUAAUAAACCAGAUGGUCAUACAACACUAAAUGAUGGCACUAAAAUAGAAGAGAAUGAAAACAGAAGUUUUUACACUUGCCUUUGCUAGUAUGGCAUUUCCUGCUCCCUUUGAAUGAGGAGUGUCAAGUAGAUGCUUGUGUUACUGAGAUUUUGCUUAUCUGAUUAACACAUAAAAAAAAUCUAUGCUCCUGAUGAACAGAAAAGUAAACAUCAUAAAAAUAACUUUUGUUGUUAAUUUAAAUUCUUCUUAAAAGGGUCAGGAGAACACAUUUUACUCAGCCUCAGACAUUAAGUUUAAAAUUGCUGACAUUUUCAGGACAAACUAUCAUAUUUUAACAACUUUUUAACCAAAUGAACCAAAUACACAUAAAAACCUAUGACAUUCUCAUACUUAUAAUCUGUGAUUUAUUUUAUUGGAUGAAAUAUCUAUGAAACAUGUACAUAUAAUAUUUACAAGUCUGACCUGGGUAUUAUAUAACUUUGUAGUAAAUAAUGAAUAAAUGAGGACCUAAAUGUUAUAAAUGCUAUAAAAUCUUCAA